GUAAUCAAACACUCUAAACCGCCGUCCUCGUGUUCAGAACUCGGCCAGUGAGGUGGCAACUGGUUUUGACAAGUAGGGUUUUACACACUUGCAACUUCUAAUCGAAAAACACACCCAAGAAGAUGUUGUACAUAGUUGGACUUGGAUUGGGGAACGAGAAAGACAUCACUUUGAGAGGUUUAGAAGCAGUUCAGAAAUCUGACAAGAUUUUCAUCGAAGCCUACACUUCUCUUCUCUCUUUUGGUCUCUCCUCCGAUGGUCUUUCCACUCUGGAAAAGUUGUACGGAAAACCGGUGAUACUUGCUGAUAGAGAAACCGUGGAGGAAAAGGCUGAUGAAAUUUUAAGUGCAGCUGCUGAUUCUGACGUGGCUUUCCUUGUUGUUGGGGAUCCUUUUGGAGCUACAACUCACACUGAUCUAGUAGUUCGAGCUAAGAAGUUGGGGAUUGAUGUCAAAGUGGUGCACAAUGCAUCGGUUAUGAAUGCGGUGGGAGUCUGUGGCUUACAGCUCUACCACUAUGGAGAGACAGUUUCGAUACCGUUCUUUACGGAUACAUGGAGACCUGAUAGUUUUUAUGAGAAGAUUCAGAAAAAUCGUGGGCUUGGACUACAUACUCUCUGCCUGUUAGAUAUACGAGUGAAAGAACCCACCCUGGAAUCCUUAUGCAGAGGAAAGAAGCAGUAUGAACCACCUAGAUAUAUGUCAGUAAACACUGCAAUUGAACAGCUUUUGGAGGUCGAGCAAAACCAAGGAGAAAAUGCAUAUGGUGAAGACACCAUGUGUGUUGGGUUUGCUCGGCUAGGAAGUGAGGAUCAGAAGAUAGUUGCUGGUACAAUGAAGCAACUGGAAUCAGUUGAUUUUGGUGCACCUCUCCAUUGCCUUGUCAUAGUAGGCAAGACCCACCCAGUGGAAGAAGAAAUGCUGGACUUCUACAGAACUGUAUGAAUAACCAUAUCUUUGAAAGUAGCAGUUCUACUUGUUUUAUAUGCAGCGAAGUAACUUGUACUAUGUGUAGCAGACACAGAAGAGGAGGUACUCUGGACUGGCAUUGAAGAAAGUUAGGAGGACAUAUUGGAUUUCUUUUCUUUUCCUUGGUGGUGCAACUGUAACUUAACUCUCAAGAAGAAGCACCAGCAACAAUACCAUACUCUAUAAUCUCCACAUUUGAUUGGGAUGAUAGCAUGUUGUAUGAUGUUACUAUCUGUUAAGUUCUCUAAUGGAAGUUUAUCAGAUUAUGUAGUAAAGUUUCAUGUUC